AUGUUUCUAGUGGCACAACUUGUUGUGUGGACCGAGGGUGUUCAUGAUCAAUGCCUGUUGAAGAUGGCGAGUAAAGCUGAGAGCAAGAAUGGGUCAAUGGGGUUAGGGAAAACUCAUUCAAGCAAAUUUCCUAAUGCUAAGUGCCCAUUUGUGUUAGGGAGCAAGGUUGGAAUGGAGACAGAAGGUUUUGCCAUCCAUGAUUCAAUGAUGCAGUUAAAGAAUGAGAAACAUACAGUUGCUGUAGGAGCUGCAGGAGCUGCUGGUGGCCAGGCUUGUCUACUACUGGCUGCUGGAACAAAGGGCAAACGACACAUGAUGCCGCAUGCAAAAGCCGUGAUCCAACAGCCUCGUGUUCCUUCAUCGGGGUUGAUGCCUGCUAGUGAUGUUCUUAUCCGUGCCAAAGAGGUUCGUUAA